AUGUACUUUGUAGAAUUAGGGCGCCAACCCUACACCCGAUUUGAAUUGUCGCACUUUUCUCGCAGCGAAGCUCCACUCUUCAUCCAUCAUUUAAAUCAACCAUUAUUCCGGGCGUUGUCAAAGCGAUUCCCCGAAUUGCAACAGGAACUCGCGACAAUGCUUAUCCCCAAAGACGACCGCAAGAAGAUCCACGAGUACCUCUUCCGUGAGGGAGUGCUCGUGGCCAAGAAGGACUUCAACCUUCCCAAGCACGCUGAGAUUGACACCAAGAACCUGUAUGUCAUCAAGGCCCUGCAGUCCCUGGACUCCCGCGGCUUUGUCAAGACCCAGUUCUCGUGGCAGUACUACUACUACACCCUCACCCCCGAGGGUCUUGACUACCUCCGUGAGUGGCUCCACCUCCCCGCCGAGGUUGUCCCCGCCACCCACAUCAAGCAGCAGCGUUCCCACGCUCCCCCCGCGGCAUGAUGGGCGGUGAGGAGCAGCGCGGUGAGCGCCGUGGUCCCCGCGCUCCCCGUGAGGGCGGUUACCGCCGUCGCGAGGAGGGUGGCAAGGAGGGCGGUGCCCCCGGCGAGUUCGCUCCCUCUUUCCGUGGUGGCUUCGGCCGUGGCCGUGGUGCUCCCCAGCAG